AUGGCCAACGGAAAUCCCGAACAAUAUCUAACCUGCCCCUUCUGCCGCUUUGGCAGCAAUGAUAUCGACUCCCUCGAAAGCCACGUACAACGUUUUCACGGCAGCCGACAGCCUGACCAGCCUGGCCAUAAGCAGCCUUACAAUGCCGCCGCAUCCCAACUGAGCGACGCCGACUUGGCUCAACUCCUUGCCUUUGAGGAAGCAGGCUUGCCUGCCGAGCUAGCCCUACCAGAUCAUCCGAAUGUUCCUGCCCGUGGUGAAGAUCAGAUGCCGGAAAGUGCAACGAAACUACAACAGCCUCCCUCGUCUUCUCGCGUUGGAAAGGAGCAAUCAUGGGUACAAUGUGUCUGCGGCGAACGCGUACCUUUUCUCGAGCUUGAUACCCAUUCCGACAUGCACGCUCAGGAGAAUAUUUCCAUGGAUGAGGCCGAUAUACCUAGCAAAGAUGUCGAGCUCUCGACACUCGGGGCCAAUGCCGAAAGUCCGUUAGCUAAUGCGUCCAACAUGUUUAGCACUCGUAUCCCAAAAUCUCUUCGAAACUAUGAUCAAAUACAGGACAACCGCGCUCUUCCUCGUAGCGAAAAACGGCGCGGGCAGUCUCUCAAGGAUAUCUUCCUGGGCACUGGCGCAUCUCCUAAGAGGAAAUCAGCCCUAUCGGCCGUCUCUACAAGGAUUGGAAAGACAAAGCAGCUUGGAAAGUCGGAACUGGGUCCCUAUGCACAUGAACAGCAAAUGCCGGGCUGGCUGCGCCGAAUGCUCGAGGCGGGUCCCAAAGUCACAAUCACACAGAGACUGCGCUCCGACGGCACUUUGAUCAAGGUCGAAACCGUUGCCAACGAAACGCCUAACCUAGUCCCUGUCCUCGCUCGGCUGUCUCAGCUGGACAAAACUGUCGAACGCGCAUUUUAUUGUAGUCCUAAAGUUGUCCACGUGUGCAAGAUGUUACGGGAGGGUGGCUUUUGUGGCUAUCGCAAUAUCCAGAUGAUGGUGUCCUACAUUCGAGCUACGGACGCUGAUGGCGCACAGAACUUCCAGGGAAGACUGCCGUCCAUCCUGAAACUCCAAGACAUGAUUGAACAUGCCUGGGACCUGGGCUUCAACUCUUCCGGACGUGUGGAGACCGGCGGAAUCAAAUACACCCGAAAAUUCAUUGGCACGCCGGAAGCGCAGGCAUUGCUCUCGAGUCUUGAUAUUCCUUGCGAGGCGAGGGCAUACACCACCACAAAAGAGGUCGAAGCUUUUGAGACGAUGCUUUGCGCUGUCUGCGACUAUUUCGACGAUGACGAGGACGAGUCUACCAAAGACAAUGUCGACAAGGUUGUGAUCACGGACAAGCCACCGAUCUACUUUCAACAUCGUGGUCAUUCCCUGACCAUUGUGGGGGUCGAGCAACGGCUGAAUGGCGUUGUCAACUUGGUCGUUUUCGAUCCAAUGUUCAACCCCAGUCCUGCGCUCAAGAAACUUGCCUUUUCGCGGUCCACUGCGUUUCAGUGUGCUCAGCCUGGAAAGCUUCUGAAGGCUCACCGAAAAGACGAGAGGUACUUGACAAAUUACAAAGAAUUUGAGUUGUUGAAGUUGAAGACUAGGCAAGCCUAA